UAGCUGCCCAAGGAAUGGUGGUGCUUUGUUGACCAUGCGCAAUGGAAUAAGGACGCACGAAACUGCAGGAAGACCAUCGAUUCAAUACGGUUUAGCAGUUGCAGGACACCCAUUCUGGCACUCUCUGCAGCCGGGGCUUGUCGACUGCAGUGUCCCGGCUGCGUUUGAUGCAUUGCGGAGCUUUAGACUCUCGAGUCAGGUACACAGACAGACACAGUCGUUACAUAGCGUCGCCUUGUAGCGUAAACAAGCCAAAAAAACCGAGUGUUGUGUGUCUGUGAGUGUAGCAGAGAAAGUCAUCUAAACAAUUCAACAAUAGCAAACCAUUGUGAAAGAACAACAACAAGAAUCGAUGAUUUUUCUUUGUUGGCGAUGCGAUUAUAAAGUGUCUUCCCGACUGUUUUGGCCCAUAACACAACACAAAUUUGUGACUGGGUAGUGGUUUAUUUUGGAUGUAUCGCGAAGUUGAACGAAAAGCUGCAGUCUCUCAUUUCCUUCCAUAGUGACAUGUGAAAAGAAGAAAAGAAAACCCCCGUGUGUUGUGUGUUUAAGUUCUCGUUUUGUUUUUCACUUUACCUCACUUUGUUUGCUGCUGCUGCUUCUACCAAACGAUGCGGGAUCGCAAUUUAAUUGGUUUCCUUUCCGUCUUCUUUUCCAUCGCUUUGGUUUGUCUGCAGGCCAACAGCAUCUCGGCCGAAGAGGAAUGCAUAAAUCGUUCCGGCCGCACGAUUUUGUGUUACGAUUGCGACAGUUAUCAUAAUCCACUUUGCAAACAUAUCAAUGAAUCAGCUCCAGCCAAUGAACAGCCUCCGUUCAAGACGUGCAAAGGAUGUUGCGUCAAAAUAGUUGAACACCGCUAUUCUCCCAAGGAGCGCGUGAGGCGGAUGUGCACGGAACAGCUGAUUGUCAACUAUUUUAUCGUCGAUCACGUUUGUUUGAAGGAAGGAAACAAACGCAAGGGAAUGACUUGCUUUUGCGAAGAGGAUUUUUGCAAUUCGGCGAUCUCAACACAAAGGCAUCAAAGUCGCGAUCUCUUCUGGUGUUUGGGCAUCGUCGCUGUUGUCCACUUCAUUUUAGAAGAAAGGGCCAUCUUCCGAUGGUGGUGACCGUUUUUAACGUUCGCUUCAUACAUUUUUGUCCAUCACAUUUUUUUCUUUUUGCAAAUGUUUUAUUCUAAAUGCCACCCGACAAGGAAAACCCGCCAUCUAUCCACGUAACAUCGUUAGACGAAAAGCCUUGAAGCGCUCAAAAGAAAAAGAAAAGAAAAGAAAUGAAAACAAUUCCGGACAAAUGGCUCUGCUGGCGUUCGGCUGCCCACCUCUUUCUCUAAAAUUCUCAUUUUUUAAAUAAACAUUUUGAAGUAGAGGAGAAGAAAAACAAAACAAUUUUCACCAAUUCGUGUGCACCGUGAAAAAAAAAAACAGUCGACAAGCAAAAAUCACGCCCAGCUGAUUCUCUUUCUCUAUUUGUCUCACCCCGAUUUCAAUAGCAAUUUUUAUGGCUGCAAAUCAAUAAUCUUUUGAAUCUUUUAUUAUUGUUUUUUUCUUUUCUUUGUGUGUGUGUAUGCGUGUCCAUAUUUUCAUCUUUGUUUGUGUUGUCGUUAUACCCAUUUAACAAGCCACAUUUUUAACUGGCUCACCAAUUCAAAACCAUCAAUCAAAUACAUGCUAACGAUAACUCUAAAA